CUCAGGAACUGGGACGGGUAGGUAGUGAGACGCUCUCCCUCCUCCUGGUGAAGCCGUAACUCGUCCACACGCUGCCUCCUGCCAUUCUGAAGAUUCACAACUACUACGGUGAACAAUGAGUGAACUAAGACUCUUUGUGUCUCUAGGACUUAUAGCUGCCCUAGUGGUUGCCCAGUUACCAUUUUCCACAAUUCCAACAAUUUCCGACGUGGUAAAAGAGAAUGGACCUAAUGGUAGAGCUGCAGGUCUCAUCAGACUGUGGGAUUUCGCCCUAGAGAGAGAUGGCCAGGGUCCUGCGCCAGUCAUCAGAGUCAACUUUGAGGCCAAGACGAUUCUGGCUCCAGAGUCAAUAGUUCUGCAUUCCCUUAUACACCAGGACGCCGCUAACCCCCUCUACGGCAGUACCCCCGCCCUUGCUGCCCUCCGCCGGGAGUUCUUGUUAAACCAUCUUGUGCAAGAGGUUCUUGAGUUCACAGAUCCUCGCCUGAAUGAGAAGAGCGGUGUCAAGCUCCUCACCUUCUCCGGCAAGGAUGUGACCUUCACUAAAGAUGAUCAGGGUCAGUUGUUUGUGAACGAUGUUCCUGCAGAGAGCGAGAGCAGCUAUAAAGAUGGUACCCAUAUCUACAUCCUGAAGGGCACCCUCUUUGAUUCCAAGCAGAAGAUCACUAAAGCCUUCAUCAGGGAAAACUCCUUUAAUAAGGAGCUCAACGGACCUACAGGACCUCCUUUGGACAUCCCCAACUUUGACCCAGUUAUCAGAGCCCCGGCACCACCACCCCCUGGAGUAGUUGGACCUCCAGCUGUCCCAGUCAUUCCUAGUCCCCCAGCACCACCACCAUCAGCGUUCCGUGAGUUUGUCAGAGCCCCGGCACCGCCUCCGCCAGCCUCCUCCGACGUCAUUAUAUUUCCCAGUAGACACGGUCAGGUAAGAAGUGACGUUUGAACCUCGUUUCCUUUCCUUGGAUGACGUUUGAUUACACUAGCGUCCACAGCCAGUCUAAUACCUCCUUAUGACCUGACUUCACAUGACUUGUCCUUCACUGCCCCUCAAAACAAUCAUUUCUCCUUCACACCAUUCUGGUAAAUGUUCUUCGUUUUAAACUUUCUUUUUUCCAAAAUGACUUUUCCUUGAAAUAAUAACAAUAACAAUGAAUGACUUCAAACCUACAGUAUAUUAAUCAAACUUAAACCAAGUUUGUUUGCUAAUAGAGCAUGGAAUUUUAGGAUGUAGUUGUCUAUAAACAAGUGCUCUUCCUGUCUUCCUCAACCUGUCCUUCAUUAGUGCAUUUGUUGUAAUUAGUCACCAUCGCCCUCAAAGCCAUGCACUGUUAUCAUGUGCUUCAGCUAUUCUGUAUUUUAGUUAAUAAGAAUACAUUAACGUACAGUACAUGUCUUUCUGACUACGAUACAAAUAAUACCGCUUCUGUAUAUUUUGAUCAUUAUAUCCUUAGCAUUAGUUUCCAGCUCUCACAGAUUUCAACCAUCAUUUACUACUGUAGCCAAAAUGUAUUUUAGCCUUGAUAUACAGUAGGUUUACUUUAUUUAAUCUGACUUAUAUAAAUUUGAUUGAGUAAGUCUGUGGAGUGAAACUAUACUGUAUUACAAUAAUUAAAUAGAUGCAUCUACUUAAAUUAUAAUUCUAUUAGGUCCUUAAGUCAUGGGUGUUUUUUUAUAUAAGCUAUAGAAGCAUGUGAGUCAUAUACAUUAGAUGUGCAGAAUCAAAUUAGAUAAUAUGAUUUGUUACAGUCACUGACACACUGUACCUCAAGUCUCAUUAUUACUGGAAGGAUCUGAAUUUUAUUGUGCACAUCAUCUUAGCUUUGCAGAACAUGUACAGUUGUUCGCAGUAGAUAGAUUCCACAUUUGUAGCAUCUUUGAAUACUUGGUGCAUGUUUUAUUUUUUUCUAAAUUGGUUUACUCUAAAUUGUAACUUAGAAUAUUAAAUUCUACAAUUUUUUUUAUAUUUGCUCAUCAAAAUAAUUAGUAUAUAAUGGGUAGUUUAGCAUAGAUGGAUUAAUUAAUUUAUAAUUUCUCUUUAUGUACAGUACAUGGUACAUCUGUUAAGCACCUUUUAAGCUUUGGCCAUAAUAAAUUACACUAAAUUAUUGUAUCUGCUAUUACAUACUUUAAUAAAAUUGUGUGAUAAAGA